GCCCAUACCAAGAGAUGCGGGAGCGGAGUGUUGGCUCUGGCUGCGCUCAAAGACCUCCACCUCCUCCGAGCUCCUGCUUAGGCCUACUGACUGAAACAUUAGUCAUCGUGCAACCUCUUCUGUGCUUACUGUCCUUGGUCCUCAUCUUGUCAUGGUUAAUUCGGCGAUGUAAGGUCAAACGGCGUCAGAGCGAAAGAAAGGGUGAAGACUCUGUGAAUCAAACUGUAGUUCACCCAAAAGAAAAUCCUGAGAAGACCUAUUGCUACACUUUAUGCACGUGUGUCCAGCGCUGCUCUGAGAUAGCGGAGACUCUUGUGCUGCAGAGCGACACGCAUGGGCAGGAGUAUUGCCCGUGCCAGAGCGACACACGCGGCCAGGAGUAUUGCCCGUGCCAGAGCGACACACUUGGGCAGGAGUAUUGCCCGUGCCAGAGCGACACACUUGGGCAGGAGUAUUGCCCGUGCCAGAGCGACACUCGUGGGCAGGAGUAUUGCCCGUGCCAUUUACGCCACCUGCACCAUGAGGACCCCGACACUGCAGGUCCUCUCAGUGACCCGAGCGAGUCUGGACGUCUCCAACGCAGCUCCAAAGAGGAGCGUAUCCUCCCCCACACAGGCCAUCACCACGGUUACCUCCCCCACACAGGCCACCACCACGGAUCUGCUGCCUGCAACAUCACUGAUAAUGAGGGAUCUGUAGAGAGGGAUUUACCCAACGCAUCCUCUAACUCAGUACCCUCUUCUUCUUCUUCUUCUUCUUCUUCUGGCGCUGAGUCAUCGGCUCAAAGUGGUCUAAGUUCGGAGUGCAAUUGCACGCAGGCUUGUACAUCAGAUGGAAAAACCCCCAUCAUUCCAGGUGGUGGAACACUCGGAGUGUCUGAUAACAGAGACGUUUCUUCCGAUGUCAGUGACGAGGACAAUGUUCUGAGGAGGCUGGUAUGCACAGUAUGGAGAUACAUCUUACAAAUCCUUCACACUAUGAUUGGGACACUCCUGUGGAGGAUGUUACCUGCCUUCACUCACUCUGCUUCAGGGACUCUGCGCACGAACACAGGUGCUCCUGAGAGGGUAAACACCACAGUGUCUGGUGACAGGAGUCCCAAUCUGAUUGUUGAGAACUACGGAAGCCUGGAGGUCAAAAAGCCGUCAAUAGAGAUGAACUUAAGACAGAAGCAUCUGGAGAACCUUUUGGGGGCGUUCACGGCCUUUAAACAGUCCGUGGAGCGUCUACCGUCUGAUCCGUGCAGCCCGCCAUGGCUGAGGAGAUCCCAAGAGGAGCUGGAGUCGGAGCUGGCGGGUGCAGAGACUCUGUUCCUCAGCCAGGAGACCCGAGACAAGCUGGAGUUCACCGUGAAGAACAAGCUCAUGCAGCGGCUUUGGGGUCUCCCUGCGCUCGUGCAGCGUUCCCAGCGCGCCUCUAUUCCCGCGGCGCCAGAGCUCUGCGUGAGGAGGAUGCUUCCCGAGCCAGCGUGCGGCGUCCAGGUGACCAGGUGUCCGGCUCCUGUGCUGACGGAGGAGCAGCAGUGCGCACUGAUGAGCUGCGUGAGCCGCAAACAGGACGUCCAGACGGAGGGGUACCCCGAGAUAGUGAUGGAGGCGCCUCAGCCUUUGGAGAUGCCGGAGGCCGUGGCAGAGAGGCUGAGGCAGGGAGACCUGACCGGUCAGGCUAAGGAGGACGCUGCUGAGGCGACUCCCGUAGUGAAGAAGAAGGGAAGAUGGAGGGAGGGCAAACGUGGUUCUGCAUCGCAUCAAACAAAACCAAAGAAGCGUUCACAAAGUGGACAAGACUGACACCUCCUCUCCCUCUCAGCAGCCACUACACUUCACCCAAAAGUUCCUAUAAGUCAGUUAUUUGCUUCAUUUCCU